AUGGCAGGCCUUACUCUCCCUGUGGUUGGCACCCAGCUACAAGUCGCUCUGGUACUUCUUAUCGUUGCUCCUUCGUUCAUUCUCUUCGGAUACAACCAAGCGGUCUUGGGCAGUCUACUCAGUCUCCAAAGUUGGGUGUCAGUGUUCCCAGCCAUAGACACUAUAAACACCUCGGGAGCACAAAAGUCCCAUAACUCGACAUCCCAGGGUGCAUGCAAUGCCCCGUUUCAGAUGGGAUGUCUGAUCGGUGCUCUAUCCCUUUCUCUGUACGGCGACAAACUCGGACGUCGAAAGACAGUUUUCAUCGGAGCUGUGAUCACCGUCGUCGGUCAGGCUCUGCAGGUCUCCGCAACCACAUUAAUCCAGUUGGUCGUUGGACGAGUUAUCCUAGGGUUCGCUAUCGGCCAAAUCAGCGGCACGGUGCCUGUAUGGCUCUCGGAAUGUGCCUCGCCGAAGUACCGCGGACAACUGGGAAUCUGUACGGGUAUCUUCAUCAGUACGGGAUACACAUUGUGCAACUGGAUUGAUUUAGGAUUCAGCUAUCUAUCCCCUUCCACUGGACAAUGGAGAGCUCCGCUAGCUAUUCCCUUCCUCUUCUCGGCAAUGAUACUGGUUUCUGCUUUCACAUUCCCGGAGUCACCUCGUUGGCUGGUAUCUAGAGGCCGGGUCGAAGAAGCCACAACUAGUCUCUGCCGCUAUCGAGGGAAGGAUGCGCAUGGUGAGAUGAUUAUGUGCGAGAUAGCCCAUAUUCAGCUUGCUUUGGAGGGGAGUGGGACCAUGUCCAUCCUGGAUAUCUUCGAUCGCAAGGACAAGACGCGUCUCUUGUUGCGUUUUUGGCUCUGCAUGGGGCUGAACUUCUUCCAGCAGGCCUGCGGAGGUAACCUAAUAUCCGUUUACAGUUCCACUAUCUUCGAAAACUACCUACACAUGACGCCCACCAUGUCUAGAGUCCUAGCGUCCUGCGUACUAUCAUGGAAAACUCUCUGCUGCAUUAUAACAUUUUGGACUAUCGACAACUGGGGCCGUCGUCUAUCCUUCAUGGUAAGCGGAGCCGGUAUGUCCGUUUGCAUGGCCGUGCUAGCCGUCACCACCGGCUUGGGCAAAAUCACGCAUCCAAUGGCGAUAGCAUACGUUGCCUUUAUGUUUGUCUUCAACUUCUUCUACCCGAUCGGCUUCAUGGGUGGCAACUUUCUCUAUACAGCUGAGAUUGCGCCCGUGCGUCUGCGAGCGGCCAUGUCUUCGCUCGCAACUGCUAACCACUGGCUAUGGAAUUUGGUGGUCGUCUUAGUUACGCCGGUUGCUAUUGAUACGAUUGGGUGCUGGUACUACGUGAUCUAUGCGCUCAUAUCUGCGACGAUCCCGGUCUGCGUGUACUUCUUUUAUCCGGAGACGAUGCACUGUAGUCUGGAGAUGCUUGAUCGGGGGUUGCCGCUCGGGGAAGUCGGCACAGCAGAGAGUGGAGGUAAACCGACGGAACCAUCCGAAGCCGUCACCAGGAUGACCGAGGUAUACAAUCGCCCUCUAACAUAUGCCGAAAAAGUCCUCUACAGCCACCUCGACACCACCUUCGACGAGCGCAUCGAGCGCGGCAAGACCCAACUCAAACUACGCCCGCAACGCAUAGCAUGUCAAGAUGCCACAGCCCAAAUGGCUCUUAUCCAGUCCAUGUCCGCCGGACUAGACACAGCUGCCGUGCCCACGACAGUCCAUUGUGAUCAUUUGAUCGUCAGUCGUGACGGCGAAACGCAGGACCUCGCGCGAGCGCUCGAUAAUCAUAAAGAAGUUUACGAUUUCCUUGAGUCCGCCUGCCAGAAGUACAACAUGGGGUUCUGGAAGCCCGGUGCGGGAAUCAUUCAUCAGAUGGUGCUGGAGAAUUAUGCUUUCCCUAGUGGGAUGAUGAUCGGGACGGAUUCGCAUACCCCCAACGCAGGAGGUCUGGGCAUGAUAGCUAUCGGAGUCGGCGGUGCUGAUGCCGUGGACGUGAUGGCUGGAUUGCCACUGGAGCUGCAAGCGCCCAAGGUAUUGGGUGUUCGUUUGACGGGGCAGUUGUCCGGAUGGGCAUCGCCAAAGGAUAUUAUCAAUGCCGUUGCUGGGACGCUUUCGGUCAAGGGAGGAACAGGGUCCAUUAUUGAGUACUUUGGACCUGGGGCGCAGACUUUAUCAGCUACUGGAAUGGCAACGGUUUGCAAUAUGGGUGCAGAGACGGGUGCCACGACGUCCAUCUUCCCUUAUGCGCCACAGAUGGCGGGUUAUCUUCGUGCUAACCAUCGCCGUGAGAUGGCUGAUGCGGUUAAGAACAUUGCGCCGGAGCUGCAGGCUGACCAGGGGGCUGAGUAUGAUAAUGUCAUUGAGCUGGAUCUGUCAACUCUCGAGCCACGCAUCAAUGGACCUUUCACGCCGGACUUUUCUACGCCGGUUUCGCGGUUCGGUGAAGCCGCAGCGGAGAAUCAGUGGCCGGAUAUGGGACGUGCAGCUAGUCUCGCUCAGCAGGCAUUGGAUGCAGGAUUGGAACCGAAGAUGCCGCUUUUGGUAUCCCCGGGUAGUGUUCAGACGCGCGAGACGUUGAAAGAUACUGGCAUCUUGCCAGUCUUUGAGAGACUCGGUGCGACGAUGCUUCCCAAUGCCUGUGGACCAUGCUGUGGGUCUUGGGAUAGAGUUGACAUGCCAAAGGGCACCCCUAACUCCAUCAUAACCUCCUACAACCGGAACAUCUCCGGUCGGUUGGACUCCAACCCAGCAACCAACGUAUUCCUAGCAUCCCCCGAGCUCGUCAUUGCAAAGGCCUUCUCCCACGACCCAUCCUUCGAUCCAACCACCAAAACGCUCCCUACACCAUCCGGCGAGCAAUUCCAUUUUCUCCCGCCAACCAGUGACUCCCUCCCCUCAAAGGGCUACCUCUCCUCCGACUCAGCCUACGCACCCCCACCCGCAAACCGAGACAACAUCUCCGUCAAAAUCGACCCUUCAUCUCUCCGCCUCCAGAAGCUCUUCCCAUUCCCACCCUGGCCCGGACACGACUUCGAGAACUGCGCCAUCCUGAUCAAAACAGCCGGAAAAUGCACAACAGACCAAAUCACCCCGGCCGGUCCAUGGUUCCGCUACCGUGGACACCUCGAAAACAUCUCCAACAACACGCUAAUCGGGGCAACCAACGCCGAGAACGGCAAGGUGAACAGUAUUCGGAACCAGCUCACGAAGCAAGACGGACAGGAAGUGCCCGCUACAGCACGUCACUACAAAGAAAACGGCGUGCCGUGGGUGGUCAUCGCAGACCAUAACUACGGUGAGGGCAGUUCGCGGGAGCAUGCGGCGCUGCAGCCGAGGUAUCUAGGUGGUGUGGCGAUCAUCGCAAAGUCCUUUGCGAGAAUUCAUGAAGCGAAUCUGAAGAAGCAGGGGUUGUUGGCGUUGACAUUCGAGAAUGAGCAGGAUUAUGAUAGAAUUAGGGCCGAGGAUCGGAUUAGUAUUAUGGGGCUUGGAGAAGGGGAGUUUGUUCCGGGGAGCACUUUGAGGUUGGUGGUCAAUGGAGGCGAGUGGGAGGCUGUGCUCAGACACAGUUUUACCGAGGAGCAGAUUGGGUAUUUUAGAAGUGGGAGUGCGUUGAACCUGAUGGCAGGGAAGUAG